AUGCGUCUAUUUGUGACCCUUUGCUCUCUGCUGGUCCUCAGCGAAGCCAAGCCCCAGGGCUAUAACUAUGGCAGCGGAGUCUCUGGUUCCUUGACCACCUCCAGCGGAUCCAGUGGAGGAUCCGGCGGCGGUUUCCUGACCGCUCCCAGCCACUCCUCGGUGGCUUCCUACGGCCCGCUGGGCGCCUUCCAGACCGCCAGCGUUGGCUCCCUGGUGGGCAGCUCCUCUGCCCCCCAAUCGGUGAGCCACUACAGUGGUGGUCAGGGAGCCACCUACACCACUGGCGGCGGUAAUGGUCAUGGAGCCACCUACUCGACUGGUGGACAAGGAGCCACCUACUCGACUGGUGGACAAGGAGCCACCUACUCGACUGGCGGACAAGGAGUCACCUACUCGACUGGUGGAAAUGGUGCCACCUACUCAACUGGUGGACAAGGUGCCACCUACAGCAACGGCGGUUCCUCCAACUACGGCGGCAGCUCCUUCACCGGAUUUGGACCCUCGCCCAACAUUGGAUUCGGUACUCUGGCCGGCUAUCAGGCACCCAGCUACCAGCAGCAGCAGGAGCAGGAGGUCCAGCGUGGCUUCCAGGAGCCCAUCAUCCACAAGCAGUUCUUCACCGUCGCCGCACCCGAAGAGCAUGAGAAUCUGGAGCGCUCCAAGCAUCUGGUGAUUGGACGUCCGCAGAAGAACUACCGUGUGGUAUUCAUCAAGGCCCCAUCCUCAAGCAAUGCCAAUGUCAAGCUGUCCGCCGAAUAUGCGCCCAAGGAGGAGAAGACCGUCAUCUAUGUGCUCAGCAAGAAGGACAACCAGCUGGAGGUCAACGACAUUGCCACACCCGCACCCACGGUGCCCAGCAAGCCGGAGGUCUUCUUCAUCAAGUACAAGACCGAGGCCGAGGCCUCUCACGCCCAGCAGCAGAUUCAAGCCGAAUACGACAGGAUCGAGGGAACCUCAGAGCACCAGGAUGGUGGAGUGGCCCCCGCUCAGUCGGUUGUGGGCAUCUUGGAUGGUGGUGCUGUUGGUGCCGCCAGCUCUGGCAGCUCUCAGUACGUGUCCGGAGUUACUGGCUCCACUGGCGGCAGCUCUACCUACGUUUCCGGAGGCACUGGCUCCACCGGUGGCAGCUCUCACUACGUUUCUGGAGGCACUGGCUCCACUGGUGGCAGCUACACUACGACCUCGUCGUCUGGCGGCAGCUCUGGCGGAAUCGCCGGAGGAGUCAUCUCCGGUGGCACCAUCAUCAAGAAUGCCAAGAGCGCCGUCUAUCUGCCACCCAAUGGCAAAUAG